AUGAACAAAAUUUCCAUCGUUCCUUGUUCUUUUCGGUUGUUGUCAGUCGGUUAUUAUGCUGAACUCAUCGAAACCAACGGUCGAGAUCGACUUCUGUGCCAAGGAAGAAAGCUUCAUGCUCAUCUGGUGACAUCUGGGAUUGCUCGAUUGACGAGAAUUGCAGCUAAGCUUGUGGGAUUUUACGUGGAAUGUGGGAAAGUUACUGAUGCCAAGAAGGCGUUCGAUGGAAUGCCCAAGAGAGACAUCAGUGGAUGUGUUGUAAUGAUUGGGGCUUGUGCUCGAAAUGGAUACUACCAGGAGUCUUUGGGUUUCUUCGGAGAAAUGAAUAAAGAAGGUUUAAAACUUGACGCUUUCAUGAUUCCUAGUCUUCUUAAAGCAAGUCGCAAUCUGCUUGACCAAGAGUUUGGGAGGAUGAUACAUUGUAUGGUGCUCAAGUGUUCAUUUGAGUCUGAUGCUUUUGUAGUUAGCUCACUUAUUGAUAUGUACUCGAAGUUUGGGGAAGUCGAGAAUGCGAGGAAGGUGUUCAAUGAUUUGGCUGAGCAAGAUUUGGCCGUGUUCAACGCUAUGAUCUCUGGUUACGCUAACAACAGCCAAUCAGAUGAAGCACUGAACUUGGUGCAAGAUAUGAAAUUACUGGGAAUAAAACCUGAUAUUAUCACUUGGAAUGCUCUGAUUGCAGGAUUCUCGCAUAUGGGAAAUGAAGAAAAAGUAUCUGAGAUUCUUGAGAUUAUGUGCUUGGAUGGUCACAAGCCUGAUGUUGUGUCCUGGACUUCUAUUAUUUCAGGCCUUGUUCAUAACUUUCAGAAUGAAAAAGCUUUAGAUGGUUUUAAACAGAUGUUAGCUCAUGGGUUGUAUCCAAAUUCAGCUACUAUCACUACCCUUUUGCCUGCUUGUACAACACUCGCGAAUGUGAAGCACGGGAAGGAGAUUCACAGCUACUCGGUAGUCACUGGUCUAGAAGAUCACGGUUUCGUUAGAAGUGCUUUGCUCGAUAUGUACGGGAAAUGUGGAUUCAUAUCAGAAGCAAUGAUCUUGUUCCGUAUGACGCCCAAGAAGACGACGGUUACUUUCAACUCGAUGAUCUUCUGUUACGCAAAUCACGGGCUCUCAGACAAAGCAGUUGAGCUAUUCAAUCAGAUGGAAGCCAAGGGAGAGAAACUUGACCACUUAACAUUUACGGCUAUCCUGACAGCUUGCAGCCACGGCGGGUUAACUGAUCUCGGACAAAAGCUGUUCCUUUUGAUGCAAAACAAGUACAGAAUCGACCCGAGAUUGGAGCAUUAUGCUUGUAUGGUGGAUCUUCUCGGCCGAGCAGGGAAGCUUGUUGAGGCCUAUGAGAUGAUCAAGGCUAUGCCAAUGGAGCCGGAUUUGUUUGCGUGGGGUGCUUUAUUAGGUGCAUGUAGGAACCACGGGAACAUGGAGCUUGCAAAGAUAGCAGCAGAGCGAUUGGCAGAGCUCGAACCAGAGAAUUCAGGGAAUGGGUUGCUUCUGUCCAGUUUGUAUGCCAAUGCUGGUAGUUGGGAAAGUGUUGUGAGAUUGAAGAAGAUGAUAAAGAAGAAGAAGCUGAGAAGGUUUCCAGGCAGUAGCUGGGUAGAUGAUAAAGUGUCUUGAACUUGAUGGAGAGUUUUGUGGAAAGCAUGACC